AGCGGCAAGAGCAGCAGGCACCAGCACCUCCGCGGAGGUCGCACGGCUGCUGGCCCUCGGCGCGUUAGUAGUGCCCGGGACAGACAGUCGAUCGCGCACACGGAGGGUGCGGGUCGUCCUGGGGGUUGGUUGUCGGUUGUCGCGGGUUUGGCCGGUCGGUCGGUUUUGUUGGUUCGGCAGUCUCGCUCUCGCAUGCAGACCGCCCGCGACCGUGCGUCGUCGCGUCGCCUCGCGAUUCAACAGCUGGUAGAAGAAGGUGCUCGGGUGAGGAGAAUGUCGGAGGAUGCCUGAGGCGGCAAACAUCUAUCGCCCGCUCUAUCGCGGCCUGACGACGCUCCGGGCGAUCUGGACCGCGUUCGGCUCUACGUAAUCGGGAACGCGUUCCCCGCGGGCAUUCGGCGCCGUUCUCAAACGUAAAGUCAACUACUACGGACUACUCCCGAGCGUAAUGCGAGCCGCGUCGAAUGGAUCGAAACGCUACGUGUGGUUGGUGCGUGUGGUGCCGGAGCGAUAGAAUUGAAAUUAUCUGGACCGAUACGGAAGUUAUCUGACCGAGAGUACGGAGUGAACCCCCCCCCCCAUUAUGCACUAUGUGAUACGACGAGGCGACCCUAGAUAAGGAGUUGGAUGUUUUUCGGUGCGUCCCUCGCCGCUUUUCAGGAUAUAAAUUCAGGAUACGACGGUUUCUGAUCGAUGAUUAAGCUAGACGAGUAACAUUUCAGUAAAAACGUGUUGCGGCGCGCAGAGAGGCGAGAGCAGGUGGCUCCGACGAGACGAAGAGACGAAGGACUCGAGCAGGCGAGGAAUCGUUUGUCGAAUCGACCUUCCUCUACGAGAGAAGUCGUGGAUCGAGGACGUGAGACGAGGACGUUGAGGAUUCCGCGCGAGUCGGCGACCCUCCGAGGGCGGUGCGUCGAAUACCCGUCGUACCCAGGGCGCCGAUGAUUCCGUCAGGAUCGUUCGCUGCCGACGAUUCGAGCUCGUCGAUCGUCAACGGAACGUCGUGCAUAACGACGAUCAGUCGCCGGAUUGGCAGCUCAGCGUUAGCGCGGGCAACGCAUGCAUCUGAGAAUGGAAGUGAGAGUUCGCUCGGAGUUGAUCAGCAGCAGCAGCAGCAGCAGCAGCAGCAGCACGAUAGCAGCAUCGAGUCGUUACUUUGAAUUCGAGACGGCGAACGGGGAGCGAAAGCCGUUCGGAGAGUGCGGGACUGGAGGUGGCGGCAAGUCAUACCGAAAACAGUGGGAGUGGGUGGACGCUGGCGACGGUAUAAGGGUAGUGGCGGCGGUAGUGCGGAAAGAGGCGCAGGAGAGAGGUCGCAAAAAAUUGCCGACAGCGGAACGGAAAACGGAAGGACGAAGAAGAGGCAAAGAGACGGUGGCGACGGCGGCGAACGGAAAAGCAAAGCGGAAGUCGGAAGCGGAAGAAGAAAGGGGUCGUCCAUCGGUAGGAGGGCCCCACAGAUGCGGGGCCCGCAGGGGCCAGUCCGCGGCGGCGUGACGCGAUGCGGACGUCCUCCUCCUCUUUGCCGAGGAAGAGGAAGAGGAAAGACCUCUCGCUUCCCGACACCGUCCUCCUCACCGGCGAUUGGCGGCCAUCAGUUAGACAUGUCCUCCUCCGACAGCAGUAUCCUCCGCGGCUCGAUAUCGUCUCGUAUCGAACGCGACACGAUGUACUUUACUGGGGACGAGAUGCUUCCUCGGCGUACCGUCAGGUUCCCGGGAAGCUGGGGAAUUGCCAAGCAAGUGGGAUUUCCGGUGAAUGGUGCUGGGAACAUGAAAAGCGGAAGGGAGGUAAAUGCGACAAGGGGAUCAACGACGAAGGAGAUGGACGAGAGAAGCGACGACAAAGUGCGAAGGAUAAUGCGAAUAAAGGGACCCCUCGAAAGGUCCCGUCUAAUAGGGGUAUCGCCAAAAGCGUCCUCCUGCUGGCGCUUCUCUGCGCUCAGUGCUACCUGGCAGGCACCGAGGCGCUGGCCGGCACUCAAAAGUACUGCACCAGAACGGUCAAGACGCGAUACGGCACUCUGCGCGGCAUCGAGGCUAGAUCGUCGACUUCCGUCGAGACUUAUUACGGAGUGCCGUACGCGACGCCGCCGCUCGGCGCGUUGCGUUACAUGCCGCCGGUCACCCCGACACCAUGGCGCGGCAUCAAGCUCGCCGACACCAUGCCACCGGCCUGCCCGCAGCGGCCGCCGGCACCGGACGAGAGCCUGCCGCGGCAGAGGCAGACCUACCUUAAGAGACUGGUGCCCCUUCUGGCUAACCAGAGCGAAGACUGCCUGUAUUUGAACCUCUAUGUGCCCAAAGCUCCUCACGGCUUCCUGAAAACCGGCUCGAAAGGGAGCGCGCAGGGCAAUUACGGACUGAUGGAUCUGGUGGCGGGGCUCCAUUGGCUGCGGGAGAAUCUCGAGGCCUUCGGCGGCAAUCCCGAGCGACUGGCGUUGCUGGGCCACGGCACCGGGGCGGCUCUCGCCAAUUUUUUAGCCGUCUCCCCUAUGGCGAAAGAGCUGAUCGGGAGGGUGAUUCUGCUCGGGGGUUCGGCCCUCUCGCCGUGGGCGGUGCAGCGAGAUCCGCUGAUGGUGAAGCGCCGCGUCGCCGAUCAGACCAAAUGUCCCGGUGACGUCGAGGCCGACGAUAUCGCACCGUGCCUUCGUUUGAAAAGCGUGGAGGAGCUACUGGCGGUGCAGCUGGAUCCGCCGAGAUUCACUUCCGGAUUCGCGCCCUUCAUCGACGGAGCCGUGCUGCCGCCGACAGUCAAUCAGAAUUUCCAGCCCACUGCCUCUUCUUCGGGACUAAUGCCGAUCGUACCCGGGCCCGGCGCUGAAUUCGCGGACUUUGGCGACCGUGAUUUACUCUUUGGUUUGACGUCCGAGGAAGCUUGGGUGAAUCUCACUAAGGAAGAUUUGCAGAACGGCUUGAACGAGACGAGGAGGGACCGUAUAUUGCGUACCUACGUCCGGAAUACCUACCGAUACCAUCUGCAUGAAAUCUACUCGACCCUUCGGAACGAGUACACCGACUGGGAGCGGGGGGAGCAGAGUCCCGUGGCGAUCUGCGAGGGUCUCCUGUCUCUCCUCGGGGACGGCCAAGUCGCCGCGCCGCUCCUCAGACUGGCCCUCCUGCACUCGGCCUCGGAGGGACGGGGCUACUUCCUGCACUUCCAGCCGGGCGAGCAGCCGAGCCAGAGGGGCGAGGAACUGCCGUAUCUCUUGGGUAUACCUCUUCUCCGUGGCGAGGUCACGUCCGCGCUGCACGCCUUUGGCAACUACACUCCCGCCGACGAGAAUCUGUCGAAACUGCUCGUGCACUACCUGGCUAACUUUGUGAGGCGCGGGGAUCCGAACGGCGUGAGUCCAUUGUCCUCGGGACUGGAGAACGGCCUGACGAUGAGUCCGCCAUUCUGGGACUCAUACGAUUCCAUAAACCAGCUGUACUUGGAGGCCGCUCAUAGCCCAGAGAUGCGUUCGCACUACAGAGGCCACAAGAUGUCUCUCUGGCUGAAUCUGCUCCCGCAGCUGCACCGGCCCGGCUACGAGAUCAACAUGCGGCAUCACCACCUCGCGGAGAGCCCCAGCCUCUACGAAGGUCCGGUACGGCCACAGAGCACGGCGGUACCUCUACCGGCACCCCCGCUACCCAUGCCAUCCCCCACGGAACCCUCCUCGAUACUGACCGCGCUUUCGACCACGGAAUGCACCCCAAACGCGACCGUCGCGACAACCAUCACGCCCACCACCUCGCGAACGUUACAGAUCUCGAAUCUGGGCCCGGGCCCCAACAAUCUCCUGCGCAAACUCGCAUCCAGCCAUUAUCAGAGCUACACCACGGCGCUCACAGUCACCAUCGCGGUCGGCGUGUUCCUGCUGCUCCUCAACAUCCUGAUCUUCGCGGGGAUCUACCAUCAGCGCGAUCGAAACGCGACCGGCGGCGGCCUGUCGGGGGCCUUCAGUAAUAAGAAGAAGGAGGAAUUUCUCGAGGCCGGCUGCUCCGGCAUGGACACUUCGGGCUCGGGCAAGCAACGGCUGUCGUCUUCCAUGAGUCUGAUGGACUCGCCGUCGUCGAUGCUGCCGCCGCACAAAGCGAAGCUCGUCCAGGAGCUCGAGCUGCAGCUGCAGGAGUUCCAGUGCUCGCCGCCGCCCGGCGGCGGCAAGCGGAUCCUGGAGCCGCCGUCCUACAGCAAGAGCCCGUGCAUCCAGCGGACCCGCACGCCGUCGCCCUGCGUGGACGCCACCAUCGCUCGGAUGGACGAGGUCAACAACAUCGGCGGCCCUAACCACGACAGCGAGGACGAAAACGAGGAGCUACCGGAGCCGCCGCCCCCGCCGAAAGCCCCGGCGCCGAACGUCGGUCUCUCGUGUCCCGGAAUUCUACGGCAGCCCGGGACACCCGGUAGCGCGAAAAAGCGUGUGCAGAUUCAAGAGAUCUCCGUGUGACAGGGGCGGGGGAUCUCGAUCUUUUGAUGUUGAGGGUUGCGGUUUGCCG